AUGUUACACUUAUUGAAAGAACAUCGUUUGACAAGCACAGGCACUGUUCGAAAAAAUAAGCCCGAGAUUCCAAGUCAGAUGCUCCAAACGCGUAACCGAGAGAUCCCCAGCACAGUGUUUGGAUUUCAAAAGGAUAUAUCUUUAUUGUCCCAUGUGCCAAAAAAAAACAAGGUUGUUUUGUUGAUGUCAACAUUACAUCACGAUGAUAGCGUUGUUGCUGAUACUAAUGGCACACAAAAACCAGAAAUGAUUAUUUUUUAUAAUCAGACCAAGGGAGGCGUUGAUGUUGUGGAUGAGCUGUGCACCAACUACGCUGUUUCGCGAAAUACAAAGCGCUGGCCAAUGGUGAUUUUCUAUGCAGUUUUGAACAUGGCUGGUAUAAAUAGCAUAAUAGUUUACAAGUCCAAUAAUAGUAGCAAUUUGUCACGCCGAAAUUUUCUUAGAGACCUGGGUAUUGGAUUGGUUUCAGAACAUUUACAAAACAGAAAGGAAAAUCAGCAUUUACCCCGAGAGCUUCGCAAACGAAUUCUGGACCAAGUGGAUGAACCCUCACACUCACAACGACCUCCAAAUAAAGUUCCUAAGCCUAUCAGGAGAUGUCAAAUAUGCCCUACUAAAAAAGAUCGCAAGACUAAACACACUUGUUAUAAAUGCAAUCGCUAUUUAUGUAUGGAACAUGCUGUUUUCACGUGUCAAGAUUGCGCUCAAACUGAAGAUGAUUACGAGAACUCUGAAUAACUAUAUAGUAAAAGUUUUGAUCUCAUAUGUUUCCUAAUUUUAUAAGCUAGAAGUAAAAGCUAUUCGUUUUGUUUUUUUUUUAGUUUCUUUUUUUUAUAAAAUUAUAAUACUAAGUGUUACACUUUGUUUAAAUGAAAGAAAAUAUUUUUGUUAAUUUCAUAAAUAAAGAUUUAAAAAUAUUUGUUUGCUUUAUUUUUCCUUCCCAAUCAGUUCUUGGGUUAUUACAUAAUUGUACUAGUAAAUAAAAACAUAUAAAAAUAUUAUGAACACAUUAAAAUAUCUAGCUCAAUAUAUGGGUUUGUUACACCCAGCUUACGCUCAAUGUAAUAAAUAUUAACCUUACGC